GCGGGCAACACGGGUCGGUCUCCAGUGGGAGUGGGCGCCAGGCGACGCUGGAACUAGCACCAGCGGUUAUUUGGACCACUCACCACCCAGGAUUGCUUCACCUGCGUCGGCGCGCCUUGUCCUCCCGCACAAGCUUGCUGACGCCAAUCAGACAUGGAGACUUUAAGGCAGGCGCAUUUUUUGGAGCACGGCCAAAAUGAGGAGUUCUCUUCCGACGAGCAAGAUUGUCAUUGGUGUCAGCUACGCGCAAUGCCGUCGCAGGUGUCUGCUCCCGUUACCCUGAAGAAUGAAGUUGACGCAGCGGUUCUCCCACACAACUUCAGGUUUAUAGAUCAUAUGGUCCUUGGAGCUGGUGUAGAACCUGCAGAGGCUAGUUUCCGCAGCGGUUGUAUCUGCCCUAAUUCGGCCGAUUGCCAAUAUUCAGCAUGUCUGUGUCUUGCAGAGCUGGACAGCGACGACGAGAGCAUGCAGGUUGAUGAACACCCAAGCAAAAAAAGAUACUCAUACCAUAGUAGCGGGCCGAGAAAAGGGCUUUUGCGUUCCAAGCUCCUUAAUUCAAAGUGGCCUCUCUAUGAGUGUCACAGCGGCUGCACUUGCUCUCCACAAUGCCCCAACCGUGUAGUGGAGAGAGGCCGUACGAUUCCGUUGCAGAUAUUUCGAACCAAAGAUCGGGGUUGGGGUGUACGGGCCCAAGUCAAUAUCAAAGUUGGGCAAUUUGUCGAUCGUUACUUGGGGGAAGUCAUAUCUUCUGAAGAGGCUGAUAAGAGGCGCAACGAUUCGGCAAUCUCACAACGAAAAGAUGUGUAUCUUUUUGCGCUGGAUAAGUUCACCGAUUCUAGGUCACUUGAUCCUCGCUUGCGAGGAGCUCCUCUCGAGGUCGACGGCGAGUUCAUGUCUGGCCCAACGAGAUUUAUUAACCACUCCUGUGACCCUAAUUUAAGGAUCUUUGCCCGGGUCGGCGAUCAUGCGGAUAAACACAUCCAUGACCUUGCCCUUUUUGCUAUUAAAGAAAUUCAUCGUGGCGAAGAAUUAACUUUUGACUACGUCGACGGUGAAAGUUGUGACGAUAGUCUUUCAGCUCAUCCCGCCGAGAUGACCAAGUGUCUAUGUGGUAGCCCGAAAUGCAGAAAAUAUCUGUGGUAGAAGAUACUAAUUACAUAAUUGUUUUGGGAUAUGUCAAUAGCUAAUAAAAGUAAAUCAUCGGGCUAUGUCUGUUAAUCAAUGCGCUCCUGCAGUCGUGUCCGCGUCGCCUAUGUCCCAUAGUUUACGGCGUCUAGUUUAUCGUCCCCUUCCAAUACACUUGUCAGAUGAUCUGUUAGUAUGAGAACUUUCACGGCUAGGUGGAUACCAACUUACGAAAACUGCUUGACUAAGUAUCCUUCUCCUCCUUGCUCCAUAUCGAUAUUAUAAACAUAAAACCCGCCGUCGCUAGUGACUACCAUCACUUGAGGGCUGCUGUUAUUCAUGGCAACAACGCUUCUGAGGGGGCUUCCCGAUAAGCUUGAACUGGCACCAGAUGAUGACUUUGGGAUUUUAAUAAAAGCAAAGUCUCGUAUCGGCUCCCACAUUUCAGUCACUGAUUGGGGUAGAUAUGAGCUCACGACACCUGCCACCCCUCGCCCCAUUAUUUGGGAUGAACGACGAAGCAUGUUGCUGAAGGAGUCGCUCUGCCUUCGCGUUGAUUUCGUACUUGGACUGCUGCCAAGGUCAUCGGAAUCUGUUCUGGGAGAGUCCGUCGCGAGGCUACCUAAUCUACCGUCUUCAUCAUCCUGGCUGCGCCUUCGUGACCAACGGUCUUGUCUAGCAGGUGACUCUGGUGAUGUUAUGGUAGGAUUGGAAUUGGUAACUGGGGCCCCUAAGCGGAAUAUAUGAACAGUAUCGGAUGUCGAUGAAACGCACAGCAGGGUUGAGCUCAGGUUGAAUGACAUGCUGUAGAUGGUAGACGGAUAGGUGCCACGGCGAAAUUGAUAUAAUUUUUGCCCACGUGGCACAGAAAAUACUCGUAUGAUGGUUCCAGUCUCGCUAGCUGUGGCCAGAAGCGUACCAUCGCUGUUGAGGCAUAUACAGCAUAGCGGUGAACGAUGGGCUUCAAUAACAUUGACAGCCUUUAGGGUGAGUGUAUCGAAGACGAGAACCUCACCAGAUGUUGGUGGGACGUAGGUCGACUGAGGAGGAGCAUGUGAGGGCCUUCGUGACUCCGGCUCUUCCCGUGGUUUUGGCAAUGCGUAUGCGAUGUAGCAAUUCUCAGACGAAGGAGACAAAGCGCAGAUGGCUGACGGAUUUGGGGAUGUCGGUAUGGUAUAAAUAAGGCUCAUGUUACUGAUGUCAUAGAGAUAAAUUUCUUCCUCCAAAAUCACGGCCAAUCGCUUUCUGUUGAGUCGAACUGCGAGAACCGCUGACGGGAAUGUGAGUUCGCAAAUGGUUGACGCUCUCUAUAAGAUUGGUUAGUUACAUAUACAACGUGUCUUGGAAUAGGAGAUGACCACUUUAGUAUUCUGUAUUACUAGGUGCCGGGGCGAUAGGACAAGAGCGACAAGAGACGUCGAAAAGAGCAUUUCAAUGAUAGCAAUGUUGCCAUCAUCACUACUGAAAAUGCGAGAGAAUGGAUCGGUGUGGUAAAUACGAAAUCCUUUGGAUGUCCCUAUGGAAACAGUUAGCGUCCGAUAAUGAGCUUCUGGGACCUCCCCUAGUGACAGAAUCAAAUAUGAUUGACGAACCGACAGCAAGACAGCUGUAGUCUUGAUUGAAAGUGAUGAAGUUUAGCGCCGGAUUUGCCAUGGCUGCUCGCGCCAGCGGUUGGGAGAGCGUCGGACAAUUAAAAAAAAAAAGAGCUUCGGAGGUAGCGCGUCGACUUUGAUAGUUGAAAGAGCAGGAACCAGGUCCUUUCACGGGUAUGGAUAUGGUUUCACUUGUAGUCUCUGGUACAAUUCACAAGGAUAGCGGUGGUU